AUGUCCACUUCACCAACACAUCAUCAACAACAACAACAACAACAUCAAACUUCACCAACGCACAAUCAACACACUUCACCAACACAUCAGCAACAACAACAACAACAACAACAACAACCAACUUCACCAAUACACCAACAACAACAAAAACAAACUUCACCGACACACAAUCAACCAACUUCACCAACAAAUUCCUCAACUACAACAACAACAACCACAACAAAUACAAAUACAUUAAAAACUCCAACCGACUUAAUUAAAGAGAAAUGUGAAUCAUCAUUACAACAACCUGAUUCAAUCAUGUCAAUUGAAGCAUCAUCCUUAAUGAAAGAAUACAUCACAGUUGGUGGUAGACCACAAGAUGUUAUUACAUUUUUAUCGGAAAGUUAUAGAGGAUAUGCACAAAUGUGUAAUUUAUUAUGUUAUUGGUUAAAGAUAGCAGGUAUACCAGAAGAACAAAUUCAAACUCAAUUUUCAAAUCAUUUAAAAGAAAUCAUAAUAAAUAAAUUUGAUCCAAAAGUUGCUGAUACUAUUUUUACUUCUUCUAGUACACCACCACAUUGGUUAGAUGAAAUGAUAGUUGAUUCACAAUGGAGAUCACUUAUAUAUCAAUUAUCAGAAGAACAUAAGAAUUGUUUAAUGUUAAAUUUCAUAAUUCAAAGAAUAUCAGAUUCAGGUUAUCAAAAUGAAAUUGCAUCAUUAAGUACUGCCUCAACAUACUAUAGAGUUUUUAAUAAAGUUUUAUUCGAUUCAUUAGCGGAUUUAGUAACAUUGGAUGAAAUUUCAUUUCGUCAACAAUUGGAUGAAUUUAAAAAAUCAUGUUGUCAACAUCAACAUACUUAUUUAUACGCUCAAGCAACAAUUCAAAAUUUAAUUAAAAAUAAUCCUCAAAAAGCUUAUAAUUUAAAAAGAAUUUCUCAAGAAUUAGAAAUAGAAGCAACUAAAAAAAAUAAAAUUGCACAAAGAAUUUCGUUAAUGAUGUCAAAUAUAUCACAAUAUCCAUUAAUAUCAUCAAGUAUAACAUCAUUGCUAAUGAGUAAUACAACAACAACAGGUGAUAUAAUUAAAUUAUAUAAUGAAUAUACAAAAGCUCAACCACCACCAGUCGAUUUUUUAAGGUAUCCAAAUUUAUUGGAACUAUUAUUGAGUGAUUUAUUUUGUCCUGGUAAAGUCAUUCAAAGUGUACAUAAGAGUAAAUGGAUUUAUUUAGUGACCUAUAGUGUUUGUAUUAAUAGUAGUAGUAGUAGCAAUGAGAAAGAUAAUAAUGUAUUUAAAGAUAUUACACGUGCAAUUGAAAUAGUUCAUAAUAUUUGUCAAUCGAAUCCAUUAGGUUCAGAAUUACAAUCAGUUGUUGGUACUCUAAAAGAUCAUUUAGACUUUCCAAUCAUUUCAAUGGGUAUAAUGCAAUGGAUUAAACAUAAUCUUACUGACACUACAAAUCUUUCAAGUUAUAAUACUUUAUGUGUACCAAUUUAUUUAGAUUUCUUAAGAGAUAUUUGUUUAAGACAUCCAUUACAUAGAUCAGUUGUAUUAAAUAUAUUAGUAUCACAUUUUGAAGUUGAAGCACAAGAUUUAGAAUCAUUGGCAAUAUUAGAGAUGAGAAAGAAUGUAAUUGAUAAUAUAGUUUAUUUAUUUAGUUGUGGUUAUGUUAUACCAGUUUUAGAUACAAUUGAAAGUUGGGCACCAAAAAUUGAUCCUUCCUUAACUCGUUACUUUAUAAAUCAAGUUUUAGAUAUAAUCGAACCACCUUAUUCUCAAUCAUUUAUGGAUAAAAUGAAAUCAAUCAUUAAAAUCAUUAAUCCAUUUGGUGAAAGUACAAAAUUGGAACCAUCUGUUCAAAGUUUUUUAGAUCAAUGUAAAAAUCAAUUAAUUUUAAAUAAUAAUAAUAAUAACAAUAAUAAUAAUUUAUCAACAAAAACUUCAACAAAAAGAAAUAAUACUGAAAUUUAUAAUAAUGAAGAUGAAAAUGAACAAGUAUUUUAA